UAUGAUGAAAAUUAAAAAGUAGAAAAACUAAAGAUCAAAAUAUUAAAGCAUAAACUCUAGUGAAAGAGCACUUGUCAUUCAGUAUAUUAAAGAAUACAAGUACUCGACGUCUCAUGUAUAAUAUUUAAUAAUUUAAAGGUCUCUAUGAUAACAGGGCACAAUAUCUCUACAAUAAAAGCGAUUUAUAAAGUGUAUAAAAAGGAAGGAAGAGUUCUAAAAAAAGAGAAAAGGGAUAAAAUUUUAAACGUAGUCGCCUAAGUAUAAAUAUUUGUGGUUGAUGAUACGUAUAUGAUUGAUUUAUAUCUAAGAAAAUAAAGCCUUGCUAAUCUAGGAGAAGAAAUUAAAGAGUUUAAGGCUGUUAAAGAUAAUGACAAUUACGUAAGAGUAUAAACAGAACAAAUGAUUAAAGAGCUACUUUAAAAAAAGUAAUUUCAAAUUCUAAGCUUGCUAAGUAACUAAUAGGCUGUAGAAAUCUAUAAAAAAGACAUGAAUACAGUCUUAUAAUAGAAAAAUUUAACUAAUGGAUUCAAUAUCAUGAAUCCCAGUUCUUUAUUAUAAUUUUUGGAAAGACAAUAAAUCGAAUUUUCAAGAAAUAAAAAACAAGAAAAAUGUUCUAAUAUAACUUAAGUUCCAUUAAUAUCAAACUAAUUCUUAAACUCAGAAAUUCUAAACAUUCUUGAAGAAUAACAUAGAUUAAUGAAGACAUGA